AUGACUUCCUCCAGUCCAUUCUGGGAGAACAUCUUCCUUUCUGUUCGAGCGGCGUCUAGAUUAUUCGCAGCAAGUAGUACUGGCCUCAUCAUUUCCGUUAUAGUCUUGUACUAUCUUUCCAAAUCCAACGCCGAUGGGUUGGACCUCGAGCCGUUCAAAGAUCCCACUUUUGUGGCCAUUCUGCUCGUAGCUCAUUUCUGUGGCUACUUGAAGCUCCCUGAUAUCAGUCUGGCCAGCGAUAGUCCAGAAGCGUCUCGUCCGAAAACAUCUGGCACAAACUUUGUCUUUUGCGGGGCGAUUUUGUAUCUACUCCAUACCCUCCGCCUCAACUUAGUAGAUUUAGACCCAUUUCACAACCCAGCACUCCUUAUAGGUCUCGUAUUUGCUUAUACGAAGGGCUAUCUGAGAUUUCCCGAAAGCAGUUCAGCUGAGGAGAAUCCAGAAGUGUCUGAGUUCAAGAAGUCUCUACCGGCCAUCGAAGCAGUGGCUACACGUUUAGCACCCUACGUCAAAAGCGAGUCUUCUAAAUUUCUGCUUGCUGUUACGCACGCAGUUGCAGCUGAUCUCUCUCGCAUCACUAUCGCCGCCUCUUCUACAAGUGAAUUUGCGUCAAAAGUAUCCGAGUACGAUAAACAGUUAUUUGAGGCUGCGAAAACCGCCAAACGCGACUCCUUGAAAGCCACAGCAAUUCGAAUCACAGACUUCUUUGUAUGCGGAACUACUGCCUGGGCCUCAUUUGCAGAGAUUACAGAGGGAGCGCGACGAAUAACAAGCAAGACCAAUGCUAUCGUAGAAGCAGCAACCAAUGUGGAGGACGCAGAGAAACCGGACCAUGCUCCUGGAGAUGACGAUGGUGAAGAUGAAGAGGACGAAAGCCAGACGCAAAAACUCUCGCGCGAAUUACGAGAACACGCAGAGGUAACUUCAGCAAAGGUGGAAGAUGUGUUAUUAAGAGUCGAAGCUGCCCAGGCAAAGGUCCGCGAGUGCGAUAACGCUCGAAAGCAAGACAUUGCUGCACGUGCCAUUGCCGAAAAAUACGCAACGGCUGCCAGUGAUGCGGUAGUAAGGCUAGAUAUAAGUUUGACAGACUCUCUAAAUGAGUCUCUGGCAGUAGUAGCUGCGGCAGAGAGAGCACGAAUAUUGGCUGAUCAAGCUAUCACUUCUGCGACAUAUGGAGAGAUGGCGACAGCUAGAGGAACUGCAGCUUCUGUAAGAACUGAGGCUUUCACUGCUGAGCUUUCGGUGGAGAGAGGUCGUAGGGCCAUGGAUACCGCCCGUGCGAUCCUUCUCGGAUGGCUACAAGGAAAGUAG